AUGACUACAGAAGGGAGUUUUAUACAGCCAGCCAUUCCUCGCUUUGAUGGUCACUAUGACCAUUGGAGCAUGCUAAUGGAAAAUUUUCUACGAUCUAAGGAAUUUUGGGGUCUGGUGGAGCCUGGCUAUAUUGAGCCAGCAAGUGACUCUGUGCAGACAGAUGCACAACGAAAGAAGAAUGAUGAUUUGAAGCUGAAGGACCUGAAAGUGAAGAACUAUCUCUUCCAGGCGAUCGACCGGACCGUUCUUGACACCAUUCUUAAGAAGGAUACUGCCAAAGAUAUAUGGGACGCCAUGAAGAAAAAAUUCGAAGGAAAUGCAAGGGUCAAGAGGUCUCAUCUUCAAGCUCUCCGCAGAGAAUUUGAAACUCUUGAGAUGAGGACUGGUGAAGGAGUGACAGAGUACUUCUCUAGGGUCAUGACAGUAGCCAACAAGAUGCGAAUUUAUGGAGAAAAUAUGCAGGAUGUUAAAGUGGUGGAGAAAAUUCUACGCUCUUUAACUGAGAAGUUCAACUAUGUUGUAUGUUCUAUUGAGGAGUCAAAGGACAUUGAUGCUCUUACUGUUGAUGAGUUACAAAGCUCAUUAAUAGUGCAUGAACAAAAGUUUCAGAGACAUAAGGGUGAGGAACAGGCUUUGAAAGUGACAUCUGAAGGAGGAAGAGGUCGUGGUCGUGGUACCUACAGAGGAAGAGGAAGAGGGAGAGGUCGAGCAGAUUUCAACAAGGCAACUGUGGAGUGUUACCGAUGUCAUCAACUUGGGCAUUUUCAGUAUGAAUGUCCUUCUGGGAACAAAGAAGCAAAUUAUGCAGAGCUUGAUGAGGAAGAAGAAAUGCUUUUGAUGUCUUAUGUGGAGUUGUAUAAGGCCAGAAGAGAAGAUGCUUGGUUUCUCGAUUCAGGGUGUUCUAAUCACAUGUGCGGCGACCGAACUAUGUUUAAUGAACUCGAUGAAAAUUUUCGACAUUCGGUAAAAUUGGGGAACAACACUAAGCUGGACGUGACAGGAAAAGGAAGUGUGAAGCUGCUGCUAAAUGGAGUCAAUCAUGUUGUUACUGAGGUGUACUAUAUUCCAGAGUUGAGAAAUAAUCUCUUGAGCAUAGGGCAGUUGCAAGAAAGAGGCUUGGCUAUUUUGAUCAAGGGAGGGAUGUGCAAGAUAUUUCAUCCAGAGAAGGGUUUGAUAAUUCAAACCAACAUGUGUGCCAAUCGGAUGUUUAUUUUGCUGCCUCAGUCUCAAGCUCCCUCUCAAGUACAAUCUGAUCAGUGCUUUCACACAAGAACUCAAGACUUGUCUCAUCUUUGGCACCGGAGGUAUGGGCAUCUAAGCUACAAAGGUUUGAGAACCCUGCUGUACAAGAACAUGGUACGUGGACUUCCUCAACUCUCUGCCUCAAGUGUGACAUGCACCGAUUGCAUCAACGGGAAGCAACACCGUGACCCUAUUCCAAAGAAGAGUACUUGGAGAGCAACUCAAAAGUUGGAACUUAUUCAUGCAGAUAUUUGUGGUCCGAUCACUCCUACAUCUAAUAGCAACAAGAGGUACAUUUUGUUAUUUAUUGAUGAUUAUAGCAGAAAGGCAUGGGUGUAUUUCUUGGUAGAGAAGUCAGAGGCUUUUAAUUCUUUUAAAUGCUUUAAGACUAUGGUUGAAAAGGAAACAGGGUUAUUUGUUAAGUGUCUUCGCACUGAUAGAGGAGGAGAAUUCAAUUCAAAUGAGUUCAAUGAUUUUUGCAAACAAAGUGGGAUCAAGAGGCAGUUGACCACCGCUUAUACUCCGCAACAGAACGGUGUAGCUGAAAGGAAAAAUAGAACCGUGAUGAACAUGGUUCGUUCUAUGCUAUCUGACAAGAACAUUCCCAAGAAUUUUUGGCCGGAGGCAGUGAACUGGACUAUUCAUGUCCUAAACAGGUGUCCUACAUUGGCGGUCAAGGAUGUUACACCAGAGGAGACUUGGAGUGGAGUGAAACCCUCAGUAGAUCAUUUUCGGGUCUUUGGUUGCAUAGCACACGUUCAUGUUCCAAAAGAAAGGAGGACUAAACUUGAUAAUAGAAGCAUUACCUGUGUGCUAUUGGGAGUUAGUGAGGAGUCAAAAGGUUAUAGGCUAUUUGAUCCUGUUGCUAAGAGAGUUGUUGUGAGUAGAGAUGUAAUCUUUGAAGAAGAAAAGCAAUGGGAUUGGGAUAGAAAAUAUGAUGGAGAGGUAGGAGAGACUCGUGAUACGGAAGUUAGAGAAGAGGAAGAUAGUUCCAGUGAGGGUGAAGAGAGAGUGAGGGAGUUGAGGCAAUCUCGUGAAAGGCAACCUCCUACGUGGAUGGGUGAUUAUGUUAGUGGUGAAGGUCUAUCUGAGGAUGAAGUUCAUAUGGCAUUAGUGGAGUCAACUGAUCCAUUGCAUUUUGAGGAAGCUGUGAAGAGUGCAAAUUGGAGAUUGGCUAUGAACAGUGAAAUCAAAUCCAUCGAAAAGAACCAAACAUGGACACUCACUGAGCUGCCAGCUGGGGCCAAAAGAAUAGGAGUGAAGUGGGUUUACAAAACCAAAUACAAUGAGCAUGGAAAGAUUGACAAGUACAAGGCUCGUUUGGUUGCUAAAGGGUACUCUCAAAAGUAUGGAGUGGAUUAUACAGAAGUUUUUGCACCGGUGGCAAGGAUGGAUACAAUAAGGAUGAUUAUUGCUCUAGCUGCACAGAAGAAUUGGACGAUUUUUCAGCUGGACGUCAAGUCGGCUUUUCUCCAUGGAGAGUUGAGUGAAGAUGUUUAUGUGGAACAGCCAAGAGGAUAUGAAAAAAAGGGCAGUGAGCAUCUAGUUUACAAGUUACACAAAGCUCUGUAUGGAUUAAAACAAGCUCCACGAGCUUGGUUUAGUCGAAUCGAAGCACAUUUCAUUGGUGAAGGGUUUCGGAGGUGCGAUAGCGAGCAGACAUUAUUCACAAAGAGAAGCAGAGAAGGAAAAAUUCUCAUUGUAAGUGUUUAUGUUGAUGAUUUAAUUUUUACUGGUAAUGAUGAAGUUAUGAUGUCUGAAUUUAAAAGCUCCAUGCUAAGAGAGUUUGAUAUGUCUGACUUGGGGAAGAUGAGGUUUUUUCUUGGGAUUGAGGUGCUACAAAAGUCUGAUGACUCUGUUGAUGAGACGUACUACAAGCAGCUGGUGGGUAGUUUAAUGUAUCUCACUGCCACGAGACCCGACAUGAUGUUUGUUACUUGUCUCAUAAGUAGAUACAUGGCAAAACCAAUGGAGAUUCAUCUACAGGCAGCUAAGAGAGCACUUCGAUACUUAAAAGGGACUGUGAACUAUGGAAUUCAUUAUAAGAAAGGAGGAGAUGGUGAGUUGUUGGCGUUUACAGAUAGUGACUAUGCCGGAGAUAUGGAAGACAGGAAGAGUACAUCUGGUUACGUGUUUUUAAUGAGUUCAGGUGCUGUUUCAUGGUGUUCAAAAAAGCAGCCAAUUGUGACUUUAUCAACCACAGAAGCUGAGUUUGUGGCAGCUGCAGUCUGUGCUUGUCAAGGAGUCUGGAUGAAAAGAAUAUUAAAGGAGCUGGGACAUUCUAAUGGAAGCUGUACUACUGUGAUGUGUGACAACAGUUCAACCAUUAAGCUGUCAAAAAAUCCAGUUAUGCAUGGUCGCAGCAAGCAUAUUGAUGUGAGGUUUCAUUUCUUAAGGAAUCUUACUAAGGAGGGUACAAUUAAAUUAGUUCAUUGCGGGAGUCAGGAUCAGGUGGCGGACAUAAUGACCAAACCAUUGAAGCUUGAAGUUUUUCAGAAGCUUCGAAAGCUGCUGGGAGUAUGUGAAAUUUCUGAUCUGGGUUCUGCAGGUAGGGGGCUAGAGAGAUGGGUUUGGGUGGGUUGCGAUGGGGAAAGAGGGGAGCAGAGAAGAAAUCGAGGGGAGGGGAGGGGAGGGGAGGGGGGUGGGAAGGUUUCUGGGUUCUGCGCAGGGAGGGGACAAUGGUCUGCUGGAGAAGAAAACGGGGCUGGGUUUAGGUUAAUGGGUCCCAGAAAUGAAUUUUUUAUACAAAUUUAUAAAUAA